AUUUUGACGUGUAAUUUCUGUUUGAAUUUGAUCAAAUCAAGAUUUCUACUUAAUAUCCAAUUUUUAUUGUGUUUUAGAUAAUCAAGUAGAUAUAUUUACGACUCUUUUGUGCACUCUUAUCCAAGUACCUAUUUAAUUUUAUGUAAGAUACACUAGCUUGAAAAGAAAUAGUGUAUAUAUUUACAGAGGUAAAGUUACACUUUCCAAACUGCUGCGAUUUAAGCAUUUAAUUAGGUAAGUACAAUGAUUCGACGCACUAAUAUAUGUAAAAUAAAACAUGCCUAGACCCUGCGGAAAACCUGUCAUUAACAAAGGACAUUUUAAUUACCUAUUGAAUUACUUAGAUGAGUUAAAAACUUACAUGUAAUGACUUUAAAAUUAAUAAUUUUACUCUAUAGAUAUAUAAUAAUGUUCUGUGAAGCGACUGUAGAACAGGGUGCUUUACAGGGAAAAAUAUUAGAAGCAUACGAUGGUAGAAAAUACUACAGUUUUGAAGGAAUUCCUUAUGCUAAGCCUCCAGUGGGAGACCUUAGGUUUAAGAAUCCUGAGCCGCUAGACAGCUGGCCUGGCCUCAAAGAUUGCACAAAACCAGGGAACAGGUGCGCACAAAUAAACCCUUUAUCUGGCAAAGGUUUCGAGGGAUCAGAGGACUGCCUCUACCUCAACGUUUAUACGCCGAGUUUGCCAGCUAAGAAAAUCGAGAACCUACCAGUUUUAUUUUUCAUACACGGUGGUAAAUUGAUAUUGGGCUAUGGCGAUUACUACCAACCAGAUUAUUUUUUGCGACACGAUGUUAUUUUAGUCACAGUCAAUUACAGAUUGAAUGUAUUGGGAUUUUUAUGUUUGGAUAUGCCAGAAGCACCGGGAAAUGUUGGUAUGAAAGAUUGCGCUGUGGCAUUAAGAUGGGUGAAGAGGAAUAUUAGUAAUUUCAAUGGUGACUCUAACAACAUAACAGUUUUUGGAGAGAGUGCAGGUGCCGCCAUUGGGAGUUCGUUUCUGUGUUCUCAAAUGACAAUAGGCCUUUUUAGCAAAAUUAUAUUGCAGUCUGCUAAUCAUAUAGCUGAUAUUUUUAUGCACGUCCAAGACAAUGUUAAUGUUGGACGUCAAAUAGCAUCCGUUUUGGGCAAAGAGUUGGACGACAAAAAGAGUAUUUAUGACUUUUUGAAGAACACACCAGUUGAGGAUUUAGUAGAAGCAUACAUUUCAACUGAAAUGGCAAGGCACCCGUAUGAUAUUAGCCCUAUUUGUAUGCCUGUGAUCGAAAAGGAGUUUGAGGGAGUCGAACGUAUGUUGACAGAGUUGCCUAAAGAUAGUAUGCGCAACAAUAAUUUCCAAAAAGUUCCAAUACUAAUGGGUUCACAAGAAUAUGAAGCUGCUGUGUUUAUCCGUCAAGAUGACGAUGGGAUAUUUUACGAGAAAGAUUUGAAAUUCACCGUCCCUCAAUGUCUGUACUUAAAAGAAACGGAUAGUGAAUUUAGAAAGAUUACGAAUGCUGUUAAGCAAUUCUAUUUUCAAGAUAAAGAAAUAGGCGAUUCGACUAGAGAACAAUACGUGUUGAUGAUGUCUGAUGCGCUUUUCAAUAGAGAAAUAAUAUAUUUUGCUGAGUUAGCAUCUAAGUAUAACGAUCGUGGCGUAUUUGUAUACGAAUUUAAUUAUGAAGGCAACUUGAAUUUUGAUGUCAUGAAGAAUAUGGAAAUUAAGGGUACCACGCACGGAGAUCUGAUUCAGUACCAGUUUUACAGAAAGAGCAAGCAUAAGAGAUGCACAGAAAGAGACAUGAAACUCAUCGAUCUCUUAAGUGAAACUUGGUGCAAUUUCGCAAAACACGGUAAGCCAACGUGGAGUAAUCAACCUGUCGAAUGGCUCUCGUACACGCCGAAACACCGUCACACAUUAUCAAUAGACGAAAAUAUUAAGCUAGUGGAAAAUAAAACGUAUGCAAGAUGCAAGUUUUGGAUUGACAUUUGUGAACGAAAAGCUAACUUAUGAGUUAUAAAAAAUAACCAUUUUAACUUAACCAAAGAUUAUUUAGGUGGUGGUAACUUAAUGAUGACGAUUCUGGUAUGAUUCCCUAAAUUUAAAACAACAUUUAACAUCAGCCUCUCCUUUUCAUUCAGUAAAGAGAAUAACAAGGAUAUACUGUGUUAAAAUUUAAUUUUAGGUUUAGAUUUUCAUGCCAGAAUCGGUACCAGUGUAUUAUAUUACUAAUGUCGAUCCGGAACGAAGGACCAUAUAAGGUUGACCCUUUUAAGGUACUUCGCGCCGGAUCAAAGCACAUCUGUAUCAUCAACGUUUAAGCAUUUAAGGUUGGGGGUUCAUUUCUAUAAUAACCGUUUAUUAUUUCGAUCUCGCAUUAGGGGAGACCUUUUUUUUUUGUUGACGAUGGAUAAUGCAUUUACGCACCGUACCGCGUGCUGGCUGGGCGCGCGGCGUGUGUGGGACUCCCCGGCGCGGAACAACGCCAGUCAUACCCACUAAAAACCACCGGUACCCUCCUACGCCCAUAUGGGGGCGUCUCAGGAUCGGCGCACCUUAGUGUGCGCCACUUCACUGGGACGCCCGGCGCCCCCGGGGCAUUAGGGGAGACCUAGGAGAGUUGUGACAUUUUUUUUAUUUUAGGGAAAUAUCUCACUCUUGGAUCAAUUAACCGUUAUGGCUUAUGUGAAUAAAUAUAGCACCAUUCCUUCACUUUCAAAUCAGUUAUUAAAAUUAAUUAAAGUAUUACCGGCUUUUGAGAAAAUCAACAAAAAGUAAAACUACUUUCUCUGUCACAACUCUCCUAUAUCCGAGGUAAUUUGUUACAGGUACCGAGGUAAUAUGUGACAGCUUUAUGUUUCCAUUAUUUGAUCAUUAAAAAUAAGCAACACAUAUUAAAAAUAAUAAAACAUGUUUUUCUUUACUUACCAGAAGUAAUGUAAUCAUCUUUUACCAUAUCAAAUACCUAUAACAUUCCCAUAAAAAGUGAUUAUAUAUUUUAUGUAAAUUAUGGCAUGGCUUUGAGAUCUUCAAGAUUAUAUGCAGUCGAAAAUCUGAUGCAAUCUUAGAGGCAAUUAUAAGAAACGUAUUGCAAC